AUGCUGCAGCUGGUUGUGUCACUUGAUUGGGCAAACUGUGCCUGCGACGCCAACCAGCAUACACCAAUCGUCCACCGUUGCUCGAGGGGCGAUCGCACCAUUCAGUUGGCAUUGAUAUCAGCAGUGCAUGCCUUCUCUUGUCGCUGGCUCCCAUUGGUGACGGAUAAUGCAAUUGAUAGCCAACAGCUCCUAGUGCUUGGCAAUCAUCUUUGGAACAACGCCAGGUCCAGAGUCAUGGCCGUGUUUGACAAGCUAAGCUACCAAACUGUUCUUGCUUUGUAUCUAUUUGGCCUAACUCCAAUCUCCGAGGAGGCCUCCAUGGAUAUCGAGAAUGCUUACAUGGCUGGUGAGGUCAGCAUCGACAUGGCGCUUCGCCAAAUCCAUAGACUAAGGGUAAAACGACGCGAUCUCAGGUUUUCUGGAACUGGCUUAUCAUUCGGUAAAAAAGUCCCAAAUGCUCACAACUCCGUCAAUGAAGAUUUCAUUCAUGCCGAAACCAUGAUGUAUUGGGCCGGUGUAGUAUUUGAUACUUCUUCAUCAAUGACUAGAGGAUGCCCCUCUAUUCUCUGCAGUGGUGUGUUUGGCUUUGAGGAAGAGCCAGUCUUUUGCCUCGUGAAAGCUCGAGUUCAGCUAUUUCACGAAAACACAGAGGCAUGGAGACAAAAUGGAUUUGUUCCAACAAGCCAUGAUACACUAUAUAUUGUCCAUCGGGCAUCCACCUGGAAGGGAUAUGUAUGGAAACUCAUCGGAGUUCUGAGAGAAGCUAUGAACCAUGGCUAUGGAGAGUCUGUCAUCGCCAGACUACGAUUCCUCAUCGCAGAGGCCUUGGAUCGCUUUAACAGGACUUUCAAACCACUUCUUGCAGCUUGCGAGAAGCACAUUCUUUUUUUCAGUAAAGAUGUCCGAUUAUGCUAUUACCUUCUGCUAUUGCACUAUCACAUGGGAUUACUCCUUUUGUGUGGCCUAACUGCCUCCAUUGAACGUACGGACAUUGUUCCAGAUUUCGAUGCCGUCCGUCGCGAGUCCGUUCACACCAUCUUUAGCACAAUCAGCUUUGGUCUCAGCUGCCGGGUUGCUAUCGGCAAAGACGAAGCUCAGCGCAGACACAAACUCUCCUCAUUGAUUAGCGUGGACCCUUAUCCACAUCAUAUUCUUGCGUCACUACAGCUAGCCGCGGAGGUUUUGCUAAUCUAUCUGGAGCGAGAUGAGAUGGCACAAGACGCGUUCGAUGGCUUUUGCCGAAUCAUGUUCGAUGCGCUCGAUGAACUGCCUCAGUAUUUACAGUCAGUACAAAGAGUGAGGAAACUUUUACGUGAGUCUCUUAAUGCCGGCAUUGGGCCUGUCGAUACCAGCUCGGAUACACUACGUGAGCCAGCUGGGGGCUUCUCUGGCACUUUGGGAGGACAACAGCGCCAGCAAAUGACCCGCAAUGGGCGUCAGAAUAGCAAUGGGCGUCAGAAUAGCAAUGAAGACAUAUUUUACGAAUUUUCUUACAGUAGCAUCACAGGUUCGGAUCAAUUACCAUCUUUUGUUGUCAGAAUCGACGAAGCAGGACAUGGCUGCCAAGCAAAGACACUCUUCGCUAGGCCUCCAAUAGUACUUAGUACGAAUUCUUAG